GUCAGCUGCUGUAGUCUGUGGAGAGAGAGCAGCAUCAACAUCAGCAAGCGGCUCUGAUGAUGAUGAUGGAGCCGGAACCUCGGACUGAGCCGCAGUAGAGACCCGGGAGAGAGGAUGCUGCCUGCUGUCCUGAGACAACCCGAGUCGUGUUUAGCUCCGUGUGACAGCCGCAACCACCGUGGAUGAUUUUCCCGAUGGGUUGUGGAGGGAGUCGGGCGGACGCGAUCAUCGAGCCGAGGUACCAUGAGAGCUGGACCAGAGAAACCGAAUCGACGUGGCUCACCAAUACGGACGUAGAGACCUCUCUGCCGGUGGCGAACAGUAAAGCUCUGGAGGCCAGUCUGAGGGAGAAGAGGAUGGUGAACACUGGCACCCAGUGUGGGAAGCAGGCCCUCACGUCCACUGGCUCCAACCACCAGAGGAGACCCAGACGCUCCUUGAGUGAUGUAGGUGUCACUGGUAGCAGCAAACCACUCGUGAGUCCAAAAGGAGGGCAUCAAAAGAGGCCAGUGCAUUGUCUAAGGAUGGGCAGCCCGUCAAUAACAACAGCGGUGGAGAAACUGAACCUGGGAACGUGUGUGAUGAAAGAUGAAGAAAAGCCAAGACUCUGUGAAGAGAAAGAUGGCAGCCGGAGCUGUGAAAAGUUCACCAAAAGACGGGUCGGUGAUUUACAGACUUGUGUGGAUGAUGUUCGCUAGUGACUUUGCAAAACCUUGGCUGUCAAUCUCAGUGAUUUACAACAUAAGCACCUGCAUAAUGUCUCCAUCCAAAGACCUCGUGAUGCUGCGUCUUUGUUGUGCUGUUGCAAAUGCAUGCGUGAAGUGGAGCAGAAAGUGGAUCACACAAAAGGGUGUAUGCUCUCCGCCAUGCUUUUUCUCCCAUGCUUAUGGUGCCAGUCAGGGAAUGAGUCACUGUAUUAAGCCAAUUUAAAGAAAACAAGAACAGACCGUCCCGUAUGCACAUGAUAAUCACAGUCUGCACAUCUAAUGUUUUCUGUGUGGGGCCUUCCUUAAGAAUUUGCUUCAGUUCUUUGUGCAAGUAUAUUCCUUUUGUUGUGAAUGAAAAACAAUGAUGAUGCUGUUUAACCUCAGUUGAUGCUGUAAAUGAUUUUCAUUUAAAUAAGACCCUGAAGUGCUGUUUAGAAACUGAGAUUUGGAAGUUUUAAUGCUUGAAGGCUGAAGACUGUCUUUUCCAGCCUCUGCAAGCUAAAGAAACAAACACACCCGCAUGUGCCUACAUUUUAAUCUGAACUGCUCCUGUUUUCACUUUGAGAGUUUGUUUUGUUCAGUAUUAUGUGUUCUCUUAAAUCUUCUUUUAUGUUAUAUGAUGUUAUACCUUAUACCUUAUCUUUUACCAUUAUUAUGUAUUGAACUGAUGCGUCAUCCGUGUGGCUUACACUGAUCUGCAUGUUUAAAUCAAUCUCAAAUUGUUUCAGCAUUGGUGGAAGAUGUUUCUGCCCAAACUUUAUCAGAAGCAAGCUGUCUGGAAUAAAACGUUUUGCUUAUUUGGUUCACGGGAAAAUAGAAAAACUGCACAGAGAAGUAUAUUACGAUGGAUGAUUGAGACUGGGUUAUCGUGAGAGUGAGAGUUAUGGCCAGCAGAUGGCGUUGUUGACCAGUCUGACCUAACAUUUUCUGCUUGUGAUGACUGUUGCUUGUCGAGAGUUUUGGAUGAUUCUCUGAGAUGAUAAUGUUUGAAUGUGUACAGGCAAACUUUUGUGAUGGAAAACAACAUUUGAACACAUGAUUUACCACAGUUUUCUUCUUUGAAUUAAAAUUGUUGUCAGCUUCUUAA